AACAAAACUAAAAUAUCCACUAAAUGGACAUCAUUUGUGUCAUUCAAUGUGACUCUCAAUCGUAAACAAUGUGUGAAAUGCCGUCAAAAAUAUGAUUAAAAAGUAAUUUAAAUUUAAUUUAAAAUCCAAUCAUUGAGUGAAUGGUUUGACUAGCGAUGAGAUUCACACAUAUAUUGCGCUCAUUUAGGCCGGAGUUUGUGGGAUAUGUCCCCAAAUUUAGGGGUAAUGUCGAGAAAGGAAAGCACCGGUAUGUGCCCAAAGUGACCACCGGUAAGAAGUUAUCCCUCUAUACGAAACUGAAACACGAGGAGCAGGUCAUGAAAUACCUGUCCAAACCAUACAUCACUCAAGAACAAGAGGAGGCGUACCUGAAGUCCGUCGGCCGGACUCGACCCCAAUAUUGGGAUGACUUCCUCCGGCAACCUCUUGAGGAACCACUCAAACAGUACUUCGCCGCCGACUUCCUCGAGAGACUGGACUUAACGCGAUCUUUCGAUGAGGAGGACUAAGAGGCCAUUGGAUACGAGUCAUAGAUAUUUGUGUUUAAUUCACGAAACAUUUGUAACAUUUUUGUGUAAAAUUAGAUGAUAUUUAAGUAUAAAUGAAGUCAUAGACAAACAAAAAAGC